CUCAACAAGGGGAGAAACCCAAACAUAACAGAAAAGAUACAACAGAGUGAGAGACGCAUGAGACAAGUCACACGAAGAGAAGAGAUGAGAGGAGACACAUCUGAUCUGUAGCUGUUUAGCUGAAGCCAAGUGGGAGUAGUGUGUUUUGUUGGACUAGAUUUAUCUAGGUAUCUUUCCGAGCCCACACACAUAUACUUGUGAUUGUGUUUCCUGCAGUUGCCUUCCUCGUGAAGUGUGUGUUGUGCUCAGGACUUUGAGUGUGUGUGAGUGAGAGACCAUGUGGCGGUUCGUGACCCUGGUCCUCCUAGGCCACCUGGGGAGCAGUCUGACGGGGGCAUGGAGAGCCUCCCAGCCUCGCCUGCAGUUCACCCACUCAGAGCUGGUCCAGAAUGGCCGUCUCCUGUCCCUGCCCCUGGCGGCGGGGGACGUGCACUCUCUGCUGCCAGACGAAGAUGGCCGCCGGCUGUACGUGGCCAUGAAGGACAACCUGCUGUCCACAAGCCUGGACGACAUCACACAGAACCCACACAUGCUCUACUGGCCAGCAAGUCCAGACCGGGUCCAAGAGUGUUUGAUGGCUGGAAAGGACCGGGAGUUGGAGUGUGCUAACUUCCUGCGGGUGCUGCAGCCCUACAACCAGACCCACCUAUAUGUGUGUGGAACGGGAGCCUUCAACCCUCGCUGUGCCUUCAUCCCCACCAAUGUCUUCCUCAAGUCGGAGCGACAAACUCUGUCAUUUGGAGAGACUGAAUGUGGGAAGGGAAAGUGUCCAUACGAUCCACACCAGAAAACAGCCACAGCCAUUAUUGAUGGCGAGCUGUACGCUGGGAUCUCUUCCGACUUCAUGAGUCGAGACUCGGCCUUCUUCCGCAACCUGGGCAGUCGUCAUGUGAUCCGCACUGAGCAGUACGACUCCACCUGGCUUCAGGAUGCCCAGUUUGUGAAGGUGGCCUCGAUGGCGGAGACUGAUAACCCAGAGGACGACAAGGUGUACGUGUUCUUCACUGAGCGGGCUCAGGAGGCAGAGGGGGCUGCUGGGAAGGUGCUGUACUCCCGAGUGGCACGUGUCUGCAAGAAUGACAUCGGGGGUCAGAGGAGUCUGGUGAACAAGUGGAGCACCUUCCAGAAGGCACGUAUAGUCUGCUCCAUCCCUGGAUCCGACGGGAUACAGACUCACUUUGACCAACUACAGGACAUCUUUAUACUACAUGAUGGGAAGGACAAGAAGAACCCUCUGAUCUAUGGACUCUUUACCACAUCCAGUGACGUUCUGAAUGGUUCGGCGGUGUGUGUGUACCACCUGCAGGACGUGGUAAGGGCCUUCAAAGGAAACUUCUACCACAAGGAGGGACCGCAGUACAAGUGGGCCGAGUUCACAGGAAAGGUCCCCUAUCCAAGACCUGGCACAUGUCCCAGCAGUACAUACGGUAGCUACAGCUCCACCCGGGAGUACCCUGAUGAUGUCAUCUUCUUCAGCCGUACCCACCCUCUGCUGCAGGAAGCAGUGCUGCCGCAGGGAGGGCGCCCUCUGUUGGUCAGGGUGGGAGUGCACUACAAAUUCAGCCGACUGCUCGUGGACCGAGUAGAGGCAGUGGACGGACAGUAUGAUGUCCUGUUCAUCGGCACAGACUCAGGCCAGGUGCUGAAGUCUAUCCCUCUCCCUAAAGAACACGGUGUCACCCAGGAGGUCACCCUGGAGCAGCUGCAGGUCUUCCAGCACAAGUCACCUGUGACUACCAUGACACUGUCCAAGAAAAAGCAGUGGCUGUUUGUGGGUUCUGCGGAGGGUGUGGCACAGUUGGCUCUGUUCCAGUGUGAGCUGUACGGCCAGGCCUGCACUGAAUGCUGUCUGGCCAGAGAUCCCUACUGCACCUGGGACGGACACGCCUGCAGCCCCUUCAUGCCCAUUGCACGCAGGAGGAACGCUCGUCAGGUUGGUGAUGAGGAAGACCCUCUGACACAGUGUGUCAGACAGGGAGCUGGUCUGCAGGUGAAAGCAGAGCAGAGGAUGAUGAUGGUUGCUGAGGGUAACAGCACCUAUCUGGAGUGCAUGCCCAAAUCCCGACAUGCAGCCGUCACCUGGUACAUACAGGCAGGAGAGAACAGCCCUGAGCUGCAUCAGUUGCAGUCAGGAGAGCAGCUGGUGGUGAUUGAGAGAGGUGUUCUGAUCCGUCAGGCCGAGACGGGUCACUCUGGCGUGUACCACUGUCAACUGGAGGAGCAUGGCUUCCGUUGGACUGCCGUCACCAUCCGUCUGAGUGUGUGGAGCCCCUCCCGUGCCCUCUCCUGGUCCUCUAACAACCCCAACCCAAGCCCAGAUGCCUCCCAGCCCUGGUACCAGGACGUCAUGGCCCUCAUCCAUCCCAGCAGCCUGGAGAAGCACUGUCAGAGGCUGGGUUUCCGACAACGCCGGAACCGCAACCGUGACCGCGACCAGGAUCAGACCAAGGACACCAACCGCAAGACAGGGGACGGCCCCAGGGGCGAGAGGCACAAACAUGGAGGCCGAGGUGGAGGUGGAGGAGGAGGCGGGAGGAAGAGCAGGAGCAAACCCCAACAGAGGUCUCCACGAAGUGCUUAGAUGCUCUAAUGCCUACGACAUGCUUUCUUCUGACUUACACCUUCAAACACUGUCUCACUUUCUCAAAGACACACACACAUUUACAAAAACACAUAUUCAUGUAGAUUGGGGACAUAGGAGGUUCAGUGUGGGCUGGACUCAGAAAUGUGAAUGUGGUUGCGUAGCGUGUUGUAUGAAGGAUCCACAACAUGUCCAAGAGACUGGUGAGGAAUAUAUUAAGGCAUGAAGAGGACCUGGAAGAAUGUGGUGUCUCAUAAGACACAGUAUCUGAACUUGUCUGAGGAACUGACUGGGUCUAAUGUACAGAGAAAAAAAAUGCCCUGAAGGUGAAGCUAGCUGGGAUCUGUCCUAACGAAAGACAGAGAGGGAGUCAAAAGGACUCAAGCACGUGAGAGAGACUUAUGUGUC